AUGCGUAAUGAAAAAUUAAUCAUACAGGGAUUCAUCUUCCUAACAGCGGUGGUUACCGUAUUGUCUGGCUACGCUCCACUACCAGUUGAUGACCUCAGUGAGCCCAUUCCCUACGACACUGGUUUCAACGUUCAAGAUGAGCUGGGCACAUCUCUCAGUCGCCAAGAGAGUGGAGAUGGAAACGGCAACGUUCAGGGAUCUUACGGCUACAUCGAUCCCAACGGCGUCUGGAGGGAAGUAAAAUACACUGCUGGUGUUGAAGGCUUUCAAGCAUCCAUCUUGACGAAUGAACCUGGAACUUCUAACCAGAGCCCGGCGGACGUUCAAGUUUCUGCUCAAGAACCACCAGCAGGUUUGCAGCCCAUUGAAGUUCCUGCCGUCCGUCCCAAGGUCGUACUACCCGCUUAUAAAAAGGUUAUUGCUGCUCCUGCUCCAUUGAAGGUUCGGGUGGCUGCUCCGGCUCCUGUCCCCGCUUUCUCUGUACCUGUUCGCCCUGCUCUGAAGUACAGCGCACCCGCCUUUCCAUACGCUGCCCCCGCCCCCUUUCUAAAAACACUAAAAGAAGCAGGACUUGGGAGUGGUAAUUUUUCAACAAAGUCUGACAUGUUGUCUAAGGCCGUGAUCUUGCUGUGUCUUGUCGCCGGAACUUUUGCCGGAUACCUUCCUGCCGUUGCUCCUGCUUAUGAUAUCAACAUCCCUACCCCUUACGACACUGGCUACGACACCGUCGAUGAGUACGGCACCAGACAGAGCCGUCAAGAAAGUGGAGAUGGUAACGGUAGAGUCCAGGGCUCAUAUGGCUACACUGACCCUUGGGGCACCAGCCGUCUGGCCAUGAUUUUGCUGUGUCUUGUCGCCGGCACUUUCGCCGGAUACCUUCCUGCCGCUGCUCCUGCUUACGAUAUCAACAUCCCUACCCCUUACGACACUGGCUACGACACCGUCGAUGAGUACGGCACCAGACAGAGCCGUCAAGAGAGUGGAGAUGGCAAUGGUAGAGUCCAGGGCUCAUAUGGCUACACUGACCCUUGGGGCACCAGCCGUCAGGUAAACUACGUAGCUGAUGAAGGUGGUUUCCGUGCCUGGAUUUCAACAAACGAAGCUGGAACCGACAACCAGAAC